AUGUCCGCUUCUCUCGCCUCGACCUCCACCAACGGACAUGCAAAGCGUCAGGCCAAACCUAGCCUCUUCAGCGACAGCGACUCGGAUGACGACGACAAGCCUCUUGCAAAGAAGCCAAAGAUUGAGGAAGGAAGCGACCUCUCCAGUGACAGCGACUCGGACCUCCCCCUCACCGCUGUCUCCUCACAAAAUGGCAACGCCCUAAAGAAGGAAAGCGGUAGCGAUAAUGACGACGACGAUGACUCGGAUGCGCCUCUCACAGCUCUCGUCAACAAGAAGAGCGACAGUGAUGACGACAAUGAUGAUGACGACAAUGAAGAGCAAGACGAUGAAGAGCAAGACGAUGAAGAGCAAGACGAUGAUGACGAUGAUGAUGAUGAUGAUGAUGAUGAUGAUGAUGAUGAUGAUGAUGAUGAUGAUGGCGAUGGCGAUGGCGAUGGUGAUGAUGACGACGAUGACAAGCCAUCGAGUCGAUCCAUAAAGUCAAAUCGCAAGCCUCCAAAGACCAUGUCCAUCACUGGCUCUGGCGAAAAGAAGUGGGAUACCCUCAUUCACAAAGGUCCUCGCUUUGCUGAUCCAUAUCAGCCACUGCCAAGAAAUGUCAAACUCAAGUAUGAGGGCAAGCCCGUCGACCUUCCACCAGAGACUGAAGAGGUUGCCAUGUUCUAUGCUGUCAAGCUCGAGACGCAACAUGCGCAAAACGCCAUCUUCAACCGCAACUUCUUUGAUGACUUCAAAGCCGACCUCAAAAAGUAUCCUCCCAGAGACGGCACCCAGAUCAAGUCGUUCGACAAGAUCGACUUCCGAGACAUGUACAACCACUGGAAGGCUCUUCGAGAUGCCGAAACCGAACGCAAGAAGAAUCUGGCACCCUCCGCGCGCAAGCGUGAGAUCGAAGAGCGCAAGCUCGAGGACAACAAGUGGAAGGUCUGCUUGGUUGAUGGUGUUGAGCAGCGUGUCGGCAACGUCAAUGUCGAACCACCGGGUCUCUUCCUUGGACGUGGUGCUCAUCCCAAAGCAGGCAAAGUUAAACGACGUAUCUUCCCCGGUGACAUUACCAUCAACCACAGCGCCGACCAUGCCGCCCCUCAACCACCAGCAGGCAUGGGUCACUGGGCUGAGGUCGUCGAAAAGAAGGACGUCACCUGGCUCGCCUAUUGGAAAGAGAACAUCAACAGCCAGUACAAGUACGUCUUCCUCGAUGCCACCUCCAACUUCAAAACCAACUCGGAUCGUGAAAAGUUUGAAAAGGCAAGAAAGCUGGAUACCGUCGUCAAGCAGAUUCGUCGCGACGUCAACAAGAACUUGAAGUCCAAAGUACGACACGAGCGACAGAUCGCCACCAUCGUCUGGCUCAUCGACAACUUCUCACUUCGUGCCGGUAACGAGAAGGGCGAGGACGAGGCGGAGACGUACGGUGUCUGUUCCUUGCGCUGCGAGCACGCCCAGAUCAAGAUGCCCGACACCAUCCAUCUAGAGUUCCUGGGUAAAGACUCGAUGAAGUUCGAAGAGGACCUCAAGAUCACCAACCCGGACGUGUUCAAGAACAUGGCCAUGUUCCUCAAGUCCAACGGCAUCAAGGACCAGUCUGGCAAUUUCAUCCGCAAGAAGCCAUCGGAUCCCAUCUUCUGCGCGCCCUUCGACUCUGCCAACGGUAAGAUGCAGCCACUUCAGCCCAACUCGGUGAACCAGUUCCUGGCCAAGUACAUGAAGGGUCUCAGUGCCAAGGUCUUCCGUACCUACAAUGCCUCGGUCACCUUCCAAGGCUUGCUCGAGCAGACCGAAGAGUGGAUCAAGUCGCGUCCCACCGCAGCCGAGCGCGAGAUCAAUCCAACCAACCUGCGACUCGCUUACAACGAAGCCAACCGGCAGGUCGCCAUCCUCUGUAACCAUCAAAAGACGGCCAACCCUAUGCUGCUCAACCGCAACCUUGAGCGAACGCAGGACAAGAUCUUCCAGAUCCGCUACGAGAUUCUCAAGGAGCAGCAAAAGAUUCUUACCUUGCACAAGAUUGGCGAGCUCAAGAAGGACUACAAGCCCAAAGAGUUCCCCUUCAUGAAGCAGUUUGACAAGAUCAUGCAGAAGCAGGAUCUCGAUCCGGAAAAGGUCAAGCAGUACGAGCAGCAGUACAUCACCGACAAGAAGACCAAGCUCGAGUCUACAUUCAAGCGACAGCAGUCCGAGUUGCAAUACCAGCUCGAGCAGAAGGGACUCGCCGGCGAGGAGAGCAAGAAGAAGAGCAAAAAAAUCAAGGAUGUCGAGGAGCAAGUGCGUUCAUCGAUCAAGGGCUUCAAGGACAAGAAGCAGGUCGACGAGGAAUUGAAAGCGCUCAACGAGACAGCGAAACGACUGGAGAAGGAACGCAAGACCAACAAGUCGCAAGCCACCAGCUGCAACUUUGCCACUUCUGCCAAGAAGAUCUUGAGCAAAUACGAGAUGAUAAAGAAGCAGGAAGCGGAGUUGGUCAACAAGAACAACACUUCCGAUGUGGCGCUCAGCACGUCAAAGCUCAACUACAUCGAUCCUCGUAUCACCCUGGCUUGGCUCAAGGAGUGGGACAACCGCUUGGCCGACAUGGGCCAGGGCAAAGGCGGAUCCAAACUGAAGGUCAAGAAAGAGGAGCAAGAAGAUGUCAAGCCGGCAAAGAAAGGUGCUAAGAAGACCAAAGCGACCGAGAAGAGCGCAGCAGCCAAAGCAGGCAUUGCCAAUUCGACAGGCGACAGCGAAAAGAUGGAGUUGGGUCUGCAAGUGAUGAACAUCAGCCAAUUCUUUGCCAACGCACUGCAAAAGAAGUUCAAGUGGGCCGCAUCCGGUGACGAUGGCCGCGACAUUACACCAUCUUGGGUCUUUGUCAAAGAUGCUCAGUCCAAGAUGCGAAAGCUUGACUCUGCGGAGCGUAAGGGUGGCGAUGGUGGAUCGAUGGCUGCCAUGACGGAUGCCGCUGACUCGAAAGAGGUCAAGCCCAAGGCGAACGGUGUGCUGAAGAAGCAAACCGCGGCGGAUCAGAAGCUGAGCAAGCCGAUCAAAGCGGUCGACAAGACUGAAGAGAGCGACGACAGCCACAGCCUGAGCAGCGACAGUGACGAUGAUGACAAGCCUCUCGCUGCCUCUUGA